AUGUUCAUCCAUAUCGUUUCGCUCAUCUGCCUGGGCGUUGCUGCCGUAGCUGCGAGUGGCGCCCAAUUCUAUGGGUAUGGCAGUGACAUCAAAGGCCUUCCUCUGUUCUACAGCGAUGGAACCGCAUAUCUUGGCCACUCUCCGCCAUCAGAUGCAAGUGUCGCGACCAACAUCACCCUAGUAACCAAGCAUGCGAGUGACAAAUCAUUCACUGCCACUCCAACGAAUUCAUCCAUCGUCGACGCCGGCAAUUGGACCUCACCCAUGCUCUUCAUCGACAACACCGUGGGUGCGUUUUCUGCUGCAGGUUUCACCUCCAUUAUCAACGCAACUACCACGAACAUCGGCUUCGACCUCUGGGGUACUCUUUUGGUCUGGAUCGGCGACUCUGGCGACAUUACAACGAAAUGGUACGCCGAGCCAGUUGAUAGUCAGAACCUGACGUUCGUCCUGAAAUGGAACGUGGACAAUGUGGCGACAGAGACAGCUAGGCCGGUAGUGUUGAAGAGCCCGAGGUCGACAAAGGGCUGA